CGAUGCGAAGAACCCACCACAAAGAACAAAACAAAGCUUGGGGUUACAAGAAAAACUUCCUGAAGAAAAUUAUAAAGUGUAGCGCUGCAGACCGUUGUGCUAUUGCGCCACUUUAUUAGUACAUUCUUGUAGGGAUUGGUGGAGGGUUUACUUGAGAUAAGUCCUUGCAAUGCGUUUUCACGUGAAAGAGACUUUAUAAGGAGUUCUGCUUCAGAAACUCUGGCACUUUUUGGAGAAUAAAUUUUGACCAAUAAUCUGAAGUGUCCAACAAAAAUAGUUGCCAUCAAAAAUGGCUGCAUACACAUUACCGGAGGGAUUCUCCGAUUUUGACAUGGUUGCAUUCGGUUCAGCUCUUCUUGUUGGCGGUCUCGCUGGAUUCUUCCUCAACGCAACUUCAAUAUUGGCCUUUGUUAGCGUAAAGCAGAUGCGAACUCCCAGUAAUUUUCUUGUCUUUAACCUCGCUGUGGCCGACAUUAUGCUCAAUACAUCCGGCUUGAUCGCAGCAUACGCCAGCUUAUCUUAUAGACACUGGCCCUGGGGCCAGGAUGGAUGUAGCAACCACGCCUUCUUUGGGAUGACAGCGGUCCUGACCUCUAUCAGUUUCCUGGCAGUGAUCGCCUGGGACAGAUACCACCAAUAUGUCACCAAUCAGAAGCUGUUCUGGAGCACUGCCUGGACGUUCUCCAUCAUUAUCUGGGGUAUGGCCAUUUUCUGGGCCUAUGUCCCUCUGACUGGAUGGGGAGUUUAUGACUUUGAACCCAUGAGGACCUGUUGCACUCUGGACUACACCAAAGGAGACAGGGACUACAUCACUUAUAUGGGGGCCUUGACAGUCUUCUACCUGAUCCUCCCUGCCUACAUCAUGAAGUCCAACUAUGAUGCCAUUCAUGCGUACUUCAAGAAGGUCCACAAGUUCAGGUGGAACACCAGCGUACCUCUGAGGGUUUUGUUUCUCUGCUGGGGUCCCUACGAAAUCAUGUGUAUCUACGCCUGCUUUGAAAACGCCAAACUGGUCUCUCCAAAGCUCCGAAUGUUGCUUCCUGUUGUGGCGAAAAUGAACCCUAUUUUCAACGCAUUGCUCUAUUCCUUUGGAAACGAGUUCUACAGAGGAGGUGUCUGGCAGUUCCUGACUGGCCAGAAGUUCACGGAGCCAGUCGUUGUGAAAUUAAAAGGAAGAUAAAGAACGGUUUUGUUAGAUCCAGUCAUCGAGUAAAAGCUUCUAUACCCGUUCUAUCAUAUGGUUACAGUACUGUACAGGCUAUCAGAAUUACAUUGCUUUGUGCCAUUUUAUGUUUGUAAUACUUUGGUGCUGGAAAUGUGCAAACAUCAUCCCCAGAAUGCACUAUUCUUUCAGCCAUUUUCACAUUGGAAGAAUUUUUUUAGUAGAAGGUUGGGUAAACAUGAUUGGUUUAUUUAGAUGGCUUGGGAUUGGUCCAAUUUAGUUUGUCAGUAGCAUUUAGGUGAUUCUCUGAUCCCAUGGAGUAUUGGGAGAGACACCAGCUCUCACAGUAAAUAAUGCAUUGUGAUUGACUAGACAAAUUACACUAACUGACUUUAGGUUUUAAUACAAAAUGCCUUAGUGCUCCAGACAUGGUGUCCAUGCUGUGAUUUGAAACCAAUAAAACCAGUGCAAAGAAACACAGAUCACACUGUGAUCCACUUAAAGUGAACGAGAUUUCCAUAUUAA